AUGUUCAUCAUAACUUUGAAUUAGGUUAUUUUCUUCGUCGCUUUGCUCGAAUUGGCUGUUAGUGUUUUGUUCAUUAUCCCUCUUCCUAAGGGCUGGAAACCUGGCCUUUUAAGAUUUGUUGAAGAAAGUCCUACUAUGAAGAAAAUUAUGGAAUAUCAUAAGUUUAUUAUUGCCAUUGUUGCACUUUAAUGGAUGUAUUCAAUUAAAAUCGCAGCUGAUUAUUAAGAAUAACACUUAAUAGAGAGAGAAACUCAUUUUAAUGCAAUUAAUCAAAGAGAUUUACAUAUCUUAGAAAAAAAAUUUGCAGCUGAAGGAGAUAUUUACUUGAAUGGAACUCUUCUUUUUGUUUCUGUAUUCAUCAAUCGUCUUUUCGCUCUUUUGUAAUACUAUUAUCAAAUCAAGUAAAUGAGCGAAAUCGAAUUAAAAGUUAAUUUAUCUGAUGACACUAAGAAGAUUCUUGAUUCUCUAUAGAAGGAAAGUUUAGGAGCUCCUUCUUAACCUAAAUCCAAAGAACAAAAAAAGAAUGAUUGA